AUGUGGCUCUCUCUGCUCGUGGCCGCACUGGCCGUUGUGCUGCCCACGCCCGCCCUCGCCGAAAACAUCCUCCGCUCCACGUCGCUCAACGCCUGCCAGGACAACUCGCAGUUCACGGCCAGCCUGCUCAACAUCUACUACACACCCGACAACGGCUCGGCGUACGUGCACAUGGUGGCCGUGUCGUCGAUCGAGGGCUACGCGGUAUUCGACAUUACCAUCACCGUGUACGGGUUUGAGUUUCUGCACCGGCAGGUCGACCCGUGCCAGAUCGGCCUGCCCGGGCUCUGCCCGAUGGUGGCCGCCAAGACAGACUCGCCGCCGUUCAACCUGCCCGUCAACACGGGCGCCGAGGCGCAGAUCCCGGGCAUCGCCUACACCUUCCCGGACCUGGACGCCAAGGUGCGCGUGUACAUCAACAUGACGUCGGGCGACCAGGCCAACACGUCGGCGGCGUGCCUGGAGCUGGACGUGUCCAACGGCAAGACGGUCGACCUCGUGGGCGUGCAGUGGGCGUCGGCGCUGGUCAUCCUGGCGGCGCUGCUGGCGGCGGCCGUCAUCGGCCAGCUGCUGGGCCACUUCAACGCGGCGUCGCACGUGGCGGUCCACACGCUGGCGCUGUUUGGCUACUUCCAGGCGCAGGCCAUGGUGGGCCUCUGCGGGAUGCCGCUGCCGCCGAUUGUGCAGGCGUGGACGCAGGACUUCCAGUGGACGCUGGGGCUGAUCCGGCUCGACUUUAUGCAGCGCGUGCUGACCUGGUACCAGCGCGCGACCGGCGGCACGCCGUCGCGGCUGUUUGACUCGCUGGCGGACGUGUCGGUGGUCGUGCACAAGGCACGAAAAGCCAAGCGCGCCAUCAAGACCAACGGGUCCGGCAGCUUCGUCGUCUUCGGCAUCCAGCGCGCCGCCUUCCGUGCCGGCAUCGAGCCGAGCAACGCGUUCCUGACCGUGCUGGGCUUCGUGACCGUGCUCCUGGUCGCCGCCGCGCUCGCCGUCCUGCUGACCAAGGCCGCCUGCGAGCUGGCCGUGCGCCUGCAGUGGACGCGCGGCCGCAGCGAGCGCGCCCUGGCCUUCCGCAACGGCUGGCGCACCAUCCUCAAGGGCGUGCUGUUCCGCUGCCUGCUGGCCGCCUUCCCGGCGCUGGCCGUGUUCAGCCUCUACGAGUUCACGCAGGCCGACUCGGCCGCCGAGGUCGUCGACGCCGUCGUCUAUCUCGUGGCGACCGUCGCCGCGCUGGCCUACGGCGCCUACACCGUCAUCCGCAUCGCCUCGCGGUCCAUCGGCCUGCACCGCAACCCGGCGUACAUUUUGUUCUCCGACCCGCGCACGCUCAACAAGUGGGGGUGCUUCUACGUGCAGUUCCGCGCCUCCGGCUACUACUUUGCCGUGCCCCUGCUCGUGCACACGUUCGUCAAGGCCCUCCUGAUCGGCUGCGCCCAGUCGUCGGGCACCGCGCAGGCCGUUGGGCUGAUUGUGCUCGAGGCCGCCGCGCUGGUCGGCGCCGUCUGGCUGCGGCCCUGGAUGGACAAGAGCACCACCUCGUUCCACAUUACCAUCUGCGUCGUCAACUUUGUCAAUGCCGUCAUCCUCCUCAUCUUCUCCAACGUGUUCAAGCAGCCGGCCCUGGCCACCGGCAUCGUCGGCCUGAUUUUCUGGGUCCUGAACGCCGCCGUCACCCUGAUUCUGCUGCUGAUGAUCAUCGUCACCACCGUCAUCAUCUUCUUCCGCAACAACCCCGAUGCCCGCUACCAGUUCAUGGCCGACGACCGCACCUCGUUUGUCAAGUCGCAGGUCCACCUCGCCAGCAAUGAGCUCGACGCGCUGGCCGUGACCGCCCGCGGCGAGACGCCCGCGCCGCUGCCCCCCAACAGCGGUCUUUUUCUCGGAGACAAGUCGGCCGCGUUGCACAACAGCGACAGCAACAUCCACAGCAACGACAGCAACAACAACAACAACAACCGUCCUGGCGCCGGCGGCGGUCUGCGCGAUCGUCUCCUGACGCGGGACGAUGCCGACGAGACCGACUCUGUCGUCUCGGACUUUCGCCACCCCAACCUCGGCGGCUACACUGGAUACGCCGGCUACGCUGGCUACAGCAGCAACAGCGUGCACGCCCAGCGCCACCGCAUGACGCCGUCGCCGAGCGCGCUGAGCCGCGAACUGCGCGACGCUGGCGGCAGCCGCAGCAACACGCCCGCCAUGUCCUCGCUGCGGCCCAACCGCGAACGCGACGCCGUUCCGCGGUCGCCCGCCACGCCGUCCGUGCCCAUGCUGCCUGCCGACGAGCGCAGUCCUGGCUCGCCCGUGGACGGGUUUGGCGGCCGCCGCAGCGCACGCAACACGCCGACGCCAACACUGGCACAGGAACGGAACAACAACCACAAAUACACCAGCCUCAGCAUGUCCUCACCGACGCUACCCUCGGGGUACCGCGGCGUGGACAGUGCUGUUGCCGAUCUGAGCCGGACACAAAAUAAUUCGAGGUGA